GAAUUGCAUUUGCGUUAUUAUUGCGCUUGGCUUUUACUGCCUAGUCUGUACGGCACUGUACUGAACAUUCAGGCUGAGCUGAGGGAAGUAUUUUUAGAAAUAUAAAUAUCUUUAAAAAUUAUAAUUGUUUUCUUUCACUUUGGGAAUAUAGGUUUACCUCUUCGACCAAAAGUAGCCAAAGUGUUUUCAAGGGAGUCAUGACUUUGAACUCCAUAGGGGCCUGUUGCCUCAGCGAAGAAGGAAAGGAGGCUCGGCGGAUCAACGACGAGAUCGAAAGGCAGCUUCGCCGGGACAAGAAAGACUCGAACCGCGAGUUCAAGCUGUUGCUUCUCGGUAACUAAGUUCUGAAUCCCACUCAAAGCACUGAUAUGACAUUGAAACAAUGUUUAAAAUAAUGAUACAUUGUAUGACUAUCAUUGUUACACGGUUGGCUCUGUUAUUUCAAUGUACACGCCUAUAAUAAACUUGGCAAUUUUUAUUUAUAUUAAAAUUAGAUAUUGCCAAGAAAACAAUGUUUAUUGUUGUGCAUUGUCUUUAGUACUCUUUGAUGUUUAUAUAACUUGAAUAUGUUCACACAACCAGCUCAGCUUGCUGGGAGUAAAAUAAAUGAUAACUUAAUGAAAGAAUGCUGACAGCAAAUGGGCCAAUAUAGUUUGUUAGGCAACUAAGGAAGUGUUUACAAUUUCUACAAUAAACACUAGGUUGUUAAAUUGCAGAGGGGACACAUUUCUUAGAAAUCAUCGAAUCUUGUCAUGGAUCACCACCCAUUUAAAUUAGUAGAUCAGAAAUCUAUUCCAGUGGCAUACUGUACAUACAAUGCACACACAGUAGCCAAACCCUCCGACACUUUUGUAUCAACAUUUAAUGGCCAACACAGUCCCUCUCUUCCGUAGCAGGUGACAGAUUGCAAUUGCUUUAAUCUAAAUUUAACUUAUUCAUGAAAUUAACAAUAUAAUGACACUAUUAUAAGCUUAAAAUGUGCCUCACUUUCAUCAGCAACCUCCAGCUACUGUGUGGGUUAGUGAGAAGAGAGCCACUGCACACAUUAAUGGUGUUUAAAAGUAGGGAUUUAAAAGUGAAAC